AUAUCAGUAAGUGCAAGGAUGAUCCACCAGUGCAGCCUAAUUUAAGGAUAUUUCCAACCACAGUUAUGGGGGACAGAAGACGCAGCUUCCAAGCAAGUUGGUAUGAAAGUCAUCCUUGGGUGGAAUAUUCUGUAAUUAUGGAUUCUGCUUACUGCUAUGCCUGCCGACAUUUCAGCCCACCAAGUAUUUCUGGCAGUGUGUUUGACUCACCAUCAGGCUUUAGGAAUUGGAAAAAAGCAACCGAAAGAGAGGGAGGGUUUUCGGUACAUUCAAAAUCUGACAGACAUAAGCAAGCAAUGAUAGCAUGGAAGGACUACCAAAGGGCCCUGAAAGCUAAUACAACACUGGAAAAUUUGCUUAACCAGGAACACAGUAAACAAGUAAAAGAAAACCGUGAGUAUAUUAAAACAAUUGGGGAAGUGAUAUUGCUCACGGCUAGACAAAACAUAGCACAGAGAGGACAUGAUGAGUCUGAGGAAUCAAAUAACAGAGGAAAUUUCAGGGAAAUUCUUGAAAUAGUUGCAAAUCACGAUGCAGCUGUUAAACACAGACUAACAUCCAUUCACCAUGCAAAGUACACUAGCAAGACAAUUCAGAGUGAGGUUCUGAAUUGUUUGGCAGAAAUGGUCCGUUCUGAAAUAAUUGAAGAAGUAAAAAGCAGUCAGUACUUCAGCAUCAUGGCAGAUGAGACUAAGGAUGUCUCAAAACAGGAGAAGAUUUCAUAUGUACUCAGAGAGCUCCAAAAAUUGAGUGACACACGAUGGGCUUGUCGGUUCAUGGCCCUACGUAACAUAAUGGACAGAUUACUUGCCCUAAAACGUGUCCUACAAGAGAUGGCACUAGAGCACAGGGGAGAAAAGUCUUCUGAGGCCCGUGUUACGCUUCGCAAAUUGUUUGGGGAAACGAAGCUUCUUUCAGAUAUGCUGCAGUCAUCAACUGUUGACCUCUCAAGAGCAGCAGAUUUAGUGGAAGGCAACAGUCCUUUUUUUGACAACCUGUGGGAUGAAGUAUUAACCAUCUGUGAGCAGUGUGAUGCUGCCACCCAGUCGUUGGCAAAACGACAAAGAACAAAAAGUUCUAGACUCCGUGAGUACCACAUACUAAGCUCUGUUGGUCAGAGGGAGCAAGUUUGUGAUAAAGAAACUUAUCGGUCCUCUUUCUUUUAUCCUGUCAUUGACUGCAUGCUUAGUGAACUAAGCAGACGUUUUUCAAAGACCAACUGUGAGCUGAUGAGUUGUAUCCAAUCUCUUAACCCCAAGAGUGAUGCAUUUUUAAAAGACACAACUCUGUUUGAAUUUGGCCGUCUUUAUGAUGCCAAUAUUGAGGCUCUGGGACCUGAACUCAAUCAGUUCAGAAGACUUUUAGAAACAAAACUAAAGAGUCACGAGAUUGAAAACCCUUCGGAUACAGUGGAGUUGAUCCGUUUCAUUGAGCCAUACAAAGACGUAUUCUGCCAGCUCUUUAGACUGUGCAAAAUUGCUGUUGCACUCCCAGUGAGUUCUGCUACCUGUGAGAGGAGUUUUUCCAAACUAAGAUUAGUGAAAACCUACCUCAGGUCCACUAUUACCGAUGAACGUCUCAGCAGUUUAGGGAUGUUAAGCAUUGAAUCCAGAAGGGCAAAGGCUUUGGACCUUGAUGCAUUUGUGGACUAUUUUGCAAGAAACCACAAACGCAGAAUACUAUUAUUG